AUGAGCGCUGGCCAGCAGGGUUUUCUUGCCUCCCAAUAUUGGCGUGACCUUAAGUUAGCGGACAGGCGCACUUCUUUGAGCCGCAGGACCCCAAACACUCAGCAGGCAAAUGUAGCCAGAAUGGCUGCCCGUCAACUAUCAAUCAUACGGCUCCGUGCCCUCCUUGGCCCAUGCAUGGUUAUCCACCUCCUGCACUCUGCUCGCAUCGCGGCAGCUGUGGUUGGCACAGUCGACCCAGCCACCGGACUCCUACCUUACCAUGGGGACAACGGGCAAUACAUUACGUCCUCUGGGCGCGUCUUUGUCACCUACCAAAGAUGCCCCCCCGGCACCUUCAUCGCAAACUGGACGAUUGGGCUGUCCAUUGUGGAAGGUUCGGCGGGGACUGUUGCGGGGGCCAGGGUGAAAGUGGUCACUGGGCUCUCGGGCAGUUGUUUCACGAUCAACCCGCCGGCAACCUUUGUGCGCCGGCUAUGGGGUUACGGCGUCGCUUUCGAGGAGGUGCAGAACGUCUCUGUUACUUUCGCGGGCGGAAAUUCCGUUGCGGGGACUUCGUUCAACGGGGUCGACUACGCCCCCGGAGGGUUGGGUGCGCUUCUUGGGUUGGGAACGGCGACGUUUCCCCGGGCGACAGCCUGGCAGGACCGAUGCCCAGACGGCUCUGCCAUAGACGGUUACACUAUAGGUUUGUAUAACCCACCCUUGAGUUACGCAAUGGAUCUGGUUACCGUGCAGUUUUCAUGCAGCGGGGUGGCGCAAACCACAAACAAUGGGAACGCGUUAGAGGGGCCCCGGCCUUGGUACCCUCCGGCUGCUGAGCUCCUUCCAAUUGACAGUCUAGACGGGUAUUCUAAAACAAAGUACCCGGUUAAUCCAAGCCCUCCGGUUAGCGCUCAAGAGACCUGGCUCCCAUGGCACGGAAAGGGCGAUCGAGAACUCCUUGAGGCGACCCAGCUGACGGCCGACAACCUUCUUCUGUUCCAAACCCAGAUCUGCCCGGUUGGCAGUUUCAUGGCCAGCUUGCAGAUUGGUCUUUUCGGCGCCCCCACUCCAAAGGUCACUUACAUCCAGGCGAAUUGCUCCAACGCAACAACCGGCACGUUUGUGGCCCGCUUGCAGCCCCUAGCAGGCAACGACCGGUCCGGGUCAAUCGUAACAGUGACCCUAAGCCUGGCUAACGCAACCCGGGUUAACGGGAGCACGUCCAUCACGGCCGCGGGCUCUCACCCGAGCAGCCUGUUCGGGCUUGGCACGACGUCGAUUUUGGGCAACACGUGGAACGACACGUGUCCGGACGGCCAGGUUUUGGACGGCUUCCAAGGAGUGUCCGGCGGUUUGGACACCGCCGUUCAGUCGCUCCGCUUCCAUUGCUCCGCCCUCAACGCGACCCCCCCCGCCGCUAAUGCGUCAGUUGUGCGCCAAAUUGCGGGGAAUCCCCCGGGCCCAGGCCCGGCCCCUGCACCGACCGCUCUUCAAAAUGUGACCUAUCCGUCGGCUGCCGUCGCGGAAGGGCAGAUCUUGGACCUGCUCAACGAGUUGCGGGGUCAGCAGGGGGUGGUUAACCUAACCUCGACACCGGUUGAGAAGUGCACGGCGGCAGCGCUGGCCCAGGCGCGGGGCCUGACGUUUCCGCCCAACUGCUCAAGGGUGGACCCGUAUAACCCGUUUCUCAACUGCCUCCCAAGCAAAGCGGCGCCGGUCCCGGAGAGCCUCUUCUGGCUGACGUAUUGCGAGGGCCCGGCGACUCCGCAGGAGAUCGUCGCGUCGUGGAACGAGCCGGAAAUCCUGCCCUUUAGCACCACACUCAACCCCAAGUUCGUCAACGUGGGGAUCUCCCAGGUGGGCGCGUAUACCAUCGGGAUAUUCACAAGUGCCUACCCUCCAGCCUAAUAUACUAUAUUAUGCUGGUAUAGUGUAGUAUAAUAUAGUCGAAGGGUUCGGGCCGGGCACGUAUUAAGAAAGACGCUUCAUAUGAGGUGUUUGGAGCCGCUUUCAAGAAGAACGGUAAGGCAAGCCUGGCAUGACUCGGAGUCGCCCCUUAGGAUCUAGAGUGUUGCGUAGGAACAAGUGAUAGCACUUAGUCAGCUGCUCCGCAGUUUUCCGAAUGAUUGAGAGCCCGAUUGCCUUACUCAUGUGCGCACGGCGAGUGCACGUACGGGAAAGCUCUGAUCGCCUGGUUUUCUAGUGGCAGCCUCGAGCACGAAGACCACUACGUGCUUUACGCAUUGUCUUGCAGUAAAGAUACCAAAUUUGUCUUUCAAUUAAACUUGAAUCCAUGCGCAAAUUAAAUGCUGUCAGUGUAGCCUCCA